AUGUUUUCGAUUCGUUUUUUUCAACCAGCUUACGUUUCGUUACGCAUGAUUGGUAUCUUGUCACGUGUACUGAAUUUACAUUUGAUGUAACAUAAACGUAAAUAACAACCUAUGGGUGUAAACGCAUUUUAAAUGAUUCGUUAUCAAACUUUUUAAGGAAAAGUAAGGCAAGGCUGGAAAAAGUGUGCGACCACACAAUCGGUGGUCAGAGGCAUCAGGAAUGUCCUAGAGGAAUUUUUUUGGGGAAAAAUAAAAAUAGAAAUAAACUGUUGGGUUAUAUAGUGUACAGACACCAUUUGAUGCUGGAGGAAUUAUAUCAAGACAAUUUUCAUGGUCGGAGGCACAAACAUUUUUUCCCAGGCCUGAAGCCGUUUGAAUCAUGGCUUCAGUUUCAGUUUCUAAUAUCAAACAGCUAUUAAGUGAGGAGAUUGCUGCAGCUACUAAAAAGCUUCAAAAAGAUCACAUUGGUACUGACAGUGCAAUAAGAAGUGGCGAUACAGCUAACCGCAUAUGUAAUGUACUAGAAGCAAUAUUUCUUCAUGAACUUAAGGAGUCAAUUGAACUAAAGGCUUUCUGGCCGUUACUGGUUAAGUUUACUCACCGAGAUGUAUACAAACAGAUAGAGGGUCUAUCACAGAUUACAACAGAUAUUGGAAGAUGCAGGGCUUGGAUUCGACUUGCAUUGAAUGAUUGCCUGUUUGAAAGCUACAUGGAUGCCAUGUUACGGGAUGGCAAAGCAAUGAAACAGUUCUACAAAAAAACAGCUUAUAUCCGCGAUGUGGAGCACCCAGAGAUUAUGAGAAAGUGUGCACAAGGCCUUAGCAAUUUUUACUUCCAGCUUUCUUUCAACUCAUCUGUACUAAAUAUGUGGGGCUCAUCACCCAAAAUGCUCACCGGAAGAUGGCAACCACCGAUAGAGAAACCACAGACAAACAGCCCAACAUUGUCACAAAGGAGCUCAGAUGGAUCUGAAGAAAAUUUUGGACAAAAGAGUCGCCCACCGAGAAAUAAGCCAAGAAAAAGCAGUAGUGCGCAUAAAACAGAAACAAAAAGUAUCCCUCCACAGACAAUGGAAAAGCCCAACGAAUCAAUGAAUGAUCACUCAAGUUUUCGUGAAUGUGAAAUGAGUAGUGGAUUGUUGCAUACACCAUCUGAAGGAAGCUCAUCAGUAGACUCAAACCAAGAAAAGUACAUUGGACUGAGCAGUCAGGAGGGGGAGGAAGAGAAUUUAAUUGAACAAUCCUAUUCCUCUAAUACUGUGGUUGAUGGAAAUUUUGAAGCUGAUAAUGAUCAUAUUGAAAUUAGAGCAAGUGAACACUGUUCAGAAAAUGUUAAUGGACCAUCUGGUGCUAGAGAUGAUGCUGAUGUUGUUGAUGAUGAUCAGUCUGGAGAGGUGUGCGAUUCAGUGAUGGACAGAGAAGAUAAGAAAGUUCAAGCAGAAGAUGAUGAGUUUAUGGUACCCAAUCCAGAUGAGACAUUGAAAACAUAUUUGAAAGAAGAGUCCAAUAAUUGUAAAGGUGCUUUUGAUUCAGUUAAGUCUGAUAAAUCAGUAAAUGUUUUCGAGUAUCAGCAGUUUCCGGAAGAGGACUUAUACCAGGAAGAUGUAGACAUUUCCCCUUUGGAAGAAAUAGAAGAUUCCAGUGACCCCUAUAAAAGGAGUUCAAAUUCGGAGGAAGAAACCUACAGUAAAGAAGAGAUUUUUGGAAACAGUUUAGGAGCGAGAGGGGGAUGGUCAUCUCAGUUUGAUAACCCUUCCACAUCAAAGUCAACAAAAGUAGAGAAUGGAGAAAGCUACACAUCGCUUUUUAACUCGUAUUCCGUGAACUCUAACAGUCCAUCUCAUCCCUCGACAGCCGAUAUUGAGAAAUUAGUGGGCAAAAUUGCAUCACCAGGGAAAGAAAAAACUAGCCAUGAUUUAGAAAGAAAUGAUGACAUUUUGGCUGAUUAUGACAUCAUAUCAUCUAUCCCUUCAUCUGCCAUGUUUUUUUCUGACUCUAAAGUUCAGCAACUCUUAGCAAUUGUUACACAAAUUGCUCGUGAGAAGGGUCUUGACAACCAAAAUUAUCAGUGCAAGGGCUGCUCAAGACCCAUUGGAAUAAUUUAUGGCAAAGCCAGGGUGUGUAGUUAUGAUGCUUGUUACUACUGCAACGAGUGCCAUUUGGAUGAUGAAGCUGUCAUUCCAGCUAGGAUCCUACAUAAUUGGGACUUCCAUAAGCACAAAGUUGCAAGUUAUACCAAGAUGUUUUUACAACAAAUGGAAAGCUACCCUUUGAUUGAUAUUAGCCUUAGCAACCCUAGACUGUAUGAAGCGAUUACGGAAGUGCAAGACAUAAAGGUUUUAAGAACACAGCUGAAAUACCUAAAAGCUUAUCUAUUCACCUGUAAGGAAUCCACUGCUGAGGAGCUUAAGAAGAGGGUGUGGCCAAGAGAAUACAUGCUAGACCAUGCUCAUCUGUACUCUGUACAG